CUUUUUAUGCAUUCGGGGGUUGCCAUAGGUAUAGGUGAAACAUGGUGAAACACAUCGAUUCUCAACAUUGGCAUCCUUUGCAGGAGAGUCUCGUCGUGAUGCCUUUGCGGGGCUACCAGCGACAUUGUAUCGCCGUGGCAAGGCAUGAAGUCAACCCAGAGGCGGUGGGCUAUAUAGCGCAGCUCUACAGCGUUUUGUUGGUGAAAGCCCGUGCAGCUGCCAAGGCUGGUGCAAACCACCAGGUGUUUCAGAGCAUCGCCAACACAAUUGCCUACAUGGAGGGUGGAGAUGUGUCCAAAGCGCUAUGGAGACACAUCGAGAGCAUGGUGCCCUUCGAUGGCAAGAGCAGCUCUCAAAUGGAGGCCAUGAAGGUGGAGCAUUUCCACCUCAUCCACCUCCAUGCAGUUCUCCUCUCCCAGAGUUUGGGAGUCAUGACCAGUGACGAGCUGAAAGGCUCGGACGCUCCUCUUUGCAAGCACGACCUGGCUCCUUACGUCGCGAAGGUGACGGCUUUGACCUCAUGGAUCGCCUGGAGCCCGGCAAGCCCCGCAUCCUUGCAGAUCAGUGGGUAGCCCUUUGCUUCGUGCCCAUAUCCGGCCUGCCCAUUAUGAGUACUUGAAUCGCAGCCAGGA